AAUUAAAAUCUGAAAAUGAGUUCAACUGGCUUCCACUAAGGGUAGUAGAUGGAGGCCCAAGUAAUUGAAAUACUUAUCUUAAUCUCGUAGCUGGCCUCGAAUUCCCAGUUGGAAGAAUCACUAUAUUUCAAAGGAAUAGAAAGUUUGAUAAGCGUGUCGACGCUGGUGCCCCAGUCUGCCUCUCCGCCAUUCUUAAAUGCUUUUCUUCUGAGAUGGGUUAUGGGUUUUGUUUGUUCCCAUUUCCUACAUUUUUUAUUUUCAGGAUUUAUUAUAUGGUUCUGUUGAUUGAGGUUUUGGAGCUUGCAGGAAAUGAGGCCAGGGACAAGAAGAAGAAGAACAGGAUUGCAUCUAGGCAUAAACAAUUGGCUGUAAGGAUUGAUGAAGAGUUGAGCGAGCUUUUGGGAAAUGUUACCAUUGCAAACAGUGGGGUUCUGACUAACAUUAAUCAGUAUUUGUUGCCAAAGAUAGCUGGCGGAAAAGAUAAAGAGAAUGGCUCUGCUUCGCAAGAGUUCUGCGGUUUUUAAUGUGUAACUCUUUUUUCUGCAUUCUCAUCUUCAACCACACAUACACGCAAUGUAAUUUUUGCAUUUAAAUCCAAAACUUUCCCUACUUUUUAGCUACACAUUCUCCUAAAAAAACAUUGCUCAAAACAUUGGUUUUCCCAGAUAAUGGUUGUCAAACAGUGGCUAAGGCUUUUGGUCUUCAGAUUUUUAUCAGUUAAAGACUCUUCUAAAAU